CAGCUCUGCAAGUAGCGGAUCCAUCCGGUGUCACGCCAUUGCUGCACGCCGUCCAGCAACGUCUAGCCUCCGUCGUCGCCGCUCUCCUGGCGGCUGGCGCGCACCCCUCACUGCCUCAUCUCACUCCCUCGCUCAACAGCGCACUUCACGUGGCCGCACUCAAGGGAGAUCUCCCAUCUGUACGACACCUCCUGUCGUACAUCAUUUCAAACCCAGCGUCGCCAACAUCCUCAGCGCCGGCGCCAUCGCUGACGCCUCAGCCUGCAGCUGCGUCCACUCCAGCGACGGAAACGUUCGAUUCUGCCGUUGUGCCGGCACAAGGUGCAAGUGCAAGUGCGGCCUUUAGUAAUGUGUCUCCG